CGAGCGGGCUUCUGCGAGCCCGCGGAGACGCAGGCCUGUCCUGAGUCCCCUCAGGUUAGUGUGGAGGUGGACGCUGCCAGCUGACCCAGGUCAGGGGUGGAGGUGGAUGGCAGCUGGAUGCAGGAGCAGCAGCUGCUGCAACCGGGUGGGGAAGGAAUCAGCCAGACUGGUCUGCGCGUCUGCUGUUCCCUGCGCUGUGCCAGGCCUGAAAAGGAGGCACAACCUGUCCUGAUCUCUGCAGGUCAGAAAAGGAGGCACCAUCGCGACAUGGAGAAACUCUCUAGCGAAAACGAGGGCAAGCUGGACAAGGAGGGAAAGUCAGACGAUGAAGUAGAACCUGAGGCUGAAGGGAAGUCAGAGGAAGAAGGGAAUCAAGAAGAGGAGGGGAACGCAGCACGCGAGGGCCAGCUGGAGGGUGAGGGAGGGCCAAAGGAGGAGGGCCACCCCCCGGAUGAGGACAAGUCAGGGAAGCAGGGAAAGUCGUCAGAAGAUGAGGGCCAGCCACCAGGUGAGGGCAAGGCAGAGCCCCAGGCCAAGGCAGCCAGCGAGCCGCGCGCCGCCGAAAAGCGUCCGGCUGAAGAUUACGUGCCCCGGAAAGCAAAAAGAAAAACCGACCGCGGGACCACGGAUGACUCUCCCAAGAACUCUCGGGAGGACUUACAGGACAGGCAUCUGAGCAGUGAGGAGAUGAUGAGAGAGUGUGCUGAUAUGUCCAGGGCUCAGGAAGAGCUAAGGAAAAAACAGAAAAUGGGAGGAUGUCACUGGAUGCAAAGAGAUGCUCAGGAUGCAUUCGCCCCAAGGGGCCAACGGGGUGUCAGGGGAGUGAGGGGCGGAGGAAGAGGCCAAAGAGGUUUACACGAUAUCCCCUACCUUUAACGCCCUUGGCCUUAGAUUCUGAUUUCUCUGAUGAGAACUUUGCACACCCUGCUUUUCCUGGUAGAUAAGCUCCAGGUCCUGUGCUUUUAACCUUAAGCUGAUACUUUGCAUUAGGUGUCACUGUC